AAUUUUAGGAAUCCUCGAAUUAUGUUAACUCAAAGGCAGAUGAGAAGCAAGAUUCUGCAGCUGAUGAAGGAAGCGGAAUGAAGGCGGGAAAUUCAGACAUUGUGUCAGAGAUGCAGAAACGUGAUGGAUCCAGUGGGUACAGAGUUUGUUCGGCCCCUGUGGUCGGUUAUUUCUGCAGCUGCCAUAUAUGCCAGUGAGGAAGAGGCCAAAAGAUGAACACUUCAGGACCCCAAUGCAUCAUCAAAAGCUGAAGGCAAACCUUCUAACUCCUAACUUGCAUGAUUAUUUUGCAUAUCUGUCUUCAGUGUUCGAUUAGACUGACAUGUGUUCUCAUUCCUUUUGUCUUAGGAGCAAAAGGAGCGAAACAGUUCAACAUAAACAAUGACACAGAACAGAAACAGCAUGAACAUAGCAUACUGUAUUGAAGUCACAUCAUAAUAUUUGUCAAAUGAUUAAGUGAUUCAUUAAUAAUGCAGGACUUAUACUUUUUUCUAUUACUAUAGCCUCUGUUUUUCGUGUUGUCUUUGUGUUUCAGCAAUGGUUUUAUCUGGUAAUCACUAAACAAUUUUUUUAAAUAUAAAAACAUGUAUUUUCGUACACUGUAUUACACUGGAUUUAAUUCAUAAGUUAAACGAAAUGAAGUAAAAUAGUUUCUGCUCAAAUAAAACACGUGUACAGUUAUCAACGAAACGCCUGUUUUCUUCAUGCGUGUUUUGAUUGGAUGGCUGAUGGUUGUCUCCGCCCACAGUGUGCCGUUUCCAUGACAACCCAACAUGGCCGCACACGGAGGACAACCUGUCUUGUCCUCCACACCACUGCAGAUCCUGUUUCACUUGAACGGCUGGUAUUUUGCAGCUUUCUUCAUCGCUGAGAUUCUUAUGUUUAUCUACAAAGGGGUGAUCCUCCCUUACCCACAAGCCAAUCUGAUAUUGGAUGUUGUCUUGCUGCUCCUCUUCCUGGGCCUGGAAACCCUCAGACUCUUCUAUGGCUGGAAGGGGAACCUGUGUCAGCGCUCUCUGGCUCUGUUUGUGAGUGUUGCUGUUCUGGUGCCCUGUGCGGUGCUGAGCGUCUACUACCUGCUGCUGCAGACCUUUGUGUUACGGCUGGAGGUUGUGCUCAAUGCUGUGCUGCUCUGCUUCUACAGCUUUGAGCUGAUUCUGGGGCUCAUAACCCUCUCCGUUUUUUCAAGGGCCAACAUUUAUUAAUUCCAUCUGCUUUUUUGACGUCUGAAUGAAAACACUGAACUGAAUAAGCUUGCAGGCUUUCAGAUUGAGAACCGUUAAGAUCUGCAAUACAUUUAAAUUACAUAAAACAGACAUUUCAUUUGUACAGUUUUUCAAACAAAUAUAAUAAGUUGAUCUUGAGAUGUUUUAAAGGCUAUUUUCAGUGUACUCUGAUUUUUUAUAAAUAAUGCAUUCUUAAUUGCUAUGUAAAUGUAUUUAUGUAAAUAAAGUUUGCCAUUAUUAGAGUGAAACAA